AUGGCCACCACUGCAAAUCACAAGAACGGCAUUCGCGUCUGCAUCGACAGAGGCGGAACCUUUACAGACUGUGUCGCCUCCAUCCCCGUCCCAGUCUCCGACACAUACCCCUCCGGGCGCAAGGAACUCGUCGUCAAACUGCUCUCCGUUGAUCCAAGCAAUUACCCAGAUGCUCCCAGAGAGGGUAUCCGUCGCAUCCUCGAGAUCGCCACCGGAAAGCCCCACCCACGCGAGAAGCUCGUCGCCACAGAGGAACUCGAAUCGAUUCGCAUGGGAACCACGGUGGCAACGAACGCGUUGUUGGAGAGAAAGGGCGAACGCUGCGCAUUAUUAAUUACAAAAGGGUUCAAGGAUCUUUUGUUGAUCGGCAAUCAGUCGCGUCCCAAGAUCUUUGAUCUGUCCAUCACCAAGCCAGACGUAUUGUACCAGUCCGUCGUUGAGGUCGAAGAGAGAGUUACAUUGGUCGGAUACACUUCAAGUCCAAUGGGUGUUGUUGAGAACAUUGACCCUAACGACCCAUCUUUCGUCAAGGGUAUCUCCGGAGAAUACGUCCAUGUGUUACGAAAGCCUGACAUGAUCAAAAUCAAGGAGCAGCUUCAGGACCUUUACAGCCAAGGAUUCAGGAGCAUCGCUGUCUGUCUUCUUCACUCUUACACAUUUGUCGACCAUGAACAGGCGGUAGGCGCGCUCGCUCAGGAGAUCGGCUUUACUCACAUUUCUCUCUCUUCGGCCAUCAUGCCCAUGAUCAAAAUGGUCCCCCGUGGAACCUCUGCCACCGCUGAUGCAUAUUUGACACCAUGCAUCAAGACCUAUGUCGACGGAUUCGUCAGUGGAUUUGACGAGAACCUCACCAAGAACGUCUCGUUACAGUUCAUGCAGAGUGAUGGUGGUCUGGUUCCCGUCAGCCACUUCUCAGGUCUCCGUGCCAUUCUCUCCGGUCCGGCUGGAGGUGUUGUCGGAUAUGGUAUGACUGCAUACGACCCCAAGGACGGUGUCCCUGUCAUUGGAUUCGACAUGGGAGGCACCAGCACGGACGUGUCGCGUUUCAGCGGCAAGUACGAGCACGUGUUUGAAACAACCACGGCCGGAGUGACUGUCCAGGCACCUCAGUUGGACAUCAACACUGUCGCCGCUGGAGGCGGAUCGAUGCUGUUCUUCAGGAACGGAACAUUUGUGGUCGGACCAGAGAGUGCGUCCGCACACCCUGGACCUGCCUGUUACCGCAAGGGUGGGCCAUUGACUGUGACCGACGCCAACUUGGUCCUUGGCCGCCUGAACCCCGAGUACUUCCCCAAGAUCUUUGGCCCCAAGGAGGACGAAGGGUUGGAUGUCGCAAUUGCACGCAGCAAGUUCGAGGAGCUCACGAAGGAGAUCAACACCUAUAUGGCCAAGGACAAGGAGGCAGAGGGUCUUCAGUGGAACAACAUGUCUGUUGACGAAGUUGCAUAUGGAUUCAUCAAGGUCGCCAACGAGUCUAUGUGCCGUCCUAUUCGCGCUCUCACAGAAGCCAAGGGACAUGAUGCAUCAAAGCAUAUUCUUUCCGUCUUUGGAGGAGCAGGUGGCCAACACGCCUGCGCCAUUGCACGCGCCUUGGGCAUCUCCAACAUCUUUAUUCACAAGUACGGUUCGGUCCUCUCUGCUUACGGACUGUCCUUGGCCGAUGUCGUUUAUGAGGCACAAGAGCCCAGUUCCGAGAACCUCUCUGAGAAAUCCUUGCCAGGACUGAAGGAGAGAAUCAAUGUCCUCGUCUCCCAGUGCCACGAUGAACUCGGAAAGCAGGGAUUCGAGAAGGAUCGUAUCGAUUGUGAGAUCUACCUCAACCUCCGAUACAACGGUACAGACUGCGCCCUCAUGACUCUCAAGCCUGAGGCUGCGGAAGACUGGAACUUUUCCGGGGCCUUUGUUGAGAACUACAAGUACGAGUUUGGUUUCCAUCUGCCUGACCGCGACAUUAUUGUCGAUGAUGUCCGUGUUCGCGGUAUUGGCAAGUCGGCUCAGACUUCGUCCUUGUCUGUUCACGAGGAAAUCAAGACUUUGAAGCCCGCAUCUGUUGAUCCUUCCAACGCCGAGGGUUUGACCAGCAUCUACUUCGAAACUGGACGCAACGACAAGACUCCCACCUACUUGCUCGAGAAACUGCCUGUUGGCACCACCAUUGCAGGACCCGCCAUCAUCAUGGAUGCCAACUCGGCCAUCCUGAUCCAGCCAUUCUGCGCAGGUCUGGUAACAUCCAGCACUGUUGUCAUCACUAUUGGCGACGGACACAAGUCGCAGGUGACGACCGAGAUGGACCCCAUCAUGUUAGCUGUGUUUGGCAACCGCUUUAUGUCGAUCGCUGAACAGAUGGGACGAACUCUCCAAAAGACUGCCAUCAGCACCAACAUCAAGGAGCGCCUCGACUUUUCUUGCGCACUCUUUGGACCCGACGGAGGCCUGGUGGCUAACGCGCCUCAUAUCCCAGUCCACCUGGGAUCAUUGUCGCACGCUGUCAAGUACCAGAUGGAUUAUUACAAGGGCGACAUUACCGAGGGCGAUGUGAUUAUGACCAAUCACCCAGCCGCUGGAGGAAGCCAUUUGCCCGAUAUCACCAUCAUCACGCCUGUCUUCAACAAUGGCGAAAUUGUUUUCUUUGUCGCCUCCCGUGGACACCAUGCCGAUAUCGGAGGCAUUUUGCCAGGAUCGAUGCCUCCCAACUCCAAGGAGCUCUACCAGGAGGGCGCUGCGAUCCGGUCCUUCAAGCUGGUCUCGAAGGGCCACUUUGAUCUGGAGGGACUGACCAAGCUGCUGGUAGACGAGCCCGCCAAGUACCCUGGCUGCAGUGGAACUCGCUGCCUGCGCGACAACGUCUCGGAUCUGAAGGCACAGGUCGCUGCCAACCACAAAGGUAUCGGUUUGGUCAAGGCGCUUAUUGGCGAGUAUGGUCUGAAUGUGGUUCAGGCCUACAUGAUGCAUAUCCGUAAGAACGCCGAGAUGGCCGUCCGCGACCUCUUGAAGGGCGCACUGCGUCGCUCGCAGGGCAAGGACUUGGUCGCCUCGGACUGCAUGGACGACGGUAGUAGGAUUAGCCUUCGUAUCGAGAUCAACCCCGAGGAUGGAUCGGCCAUCUUUGAUUUCGAGGGCACAAGCGAGGAGGUGUACGGUAACUGCAACGCACCUACCUCGGUCACCCACUCGGCCAUCAUUUACUGCUUGCGCUGCAUGGUUGCGAUGGACAUCCCAUUGAAUCAGGGCUGCUUGUCCCCGGUCACAAUCAACAUUCCUGACAAGUCGAUGUUGGCUCCCUCAGAGACGGCUGCUGUGGUCGGAGGCAAUGUCUUGGUCUCGCAGAGGCUGGUCGAUGUGAUCUUGAAGGCCUUCCAGGUCUGCGGUGCUUCCCAGGGCUGCAUGAACAACUUGACCUUCGGUGUUGGGGGCAAGACCUUGGAUGCCGAAACGGGUGAUGCCAAGGUUGUUGAGGGCUGGGGAUACUAUGAGACCAUUGCUGGAGGUGCCGGUGCUGGACCCACUUGGAACGGACAAAGCGGUGUGCACACUCAUAUGACAAACACGCGUAUUACGGACCCCGAGAUCCUGGAACGAAGAUACCCUGUUAUCCUUCGUGAGUUUGCACUCCGAGCCGGCUCAGGAGGAGAGGGACUCCACCCUGGUGGAGAAGGUCUGGUCCGCGAUAUCGAGUUCCUGGAACCCAUGGAGGUGUCGAUCCUGAGCGAGCGCCGAGUCUUCCAGCCCUACGGCAUGGCAGGCGGUGGGCCCGGAGCAUCGGGGAAAAACCUGUGGGUCCAAAAGCGUACGAUCCGCAAGAAGGACGGCCUCCUCCUUGCCGUGGAAUCGACUUCAACAAUCAGCAAGGACGAGACCGAGACAGUCUUUAGAACGGUCAAUCUUUCUGGAAAGAACACGGCCCAUGUCAAGACUGGGGACCGUCUCAUGAUCUGUACUCCCGGUGGAGGCGCCUGGGGUAGUAAAGGUGGCGAUUCGCACCCAGAUUCGUCUCUCCCCGUCUUCCAGCAACAACAGGUUUUCGCCAGAGGUAGUGUCAACGAGUACCAGUCCCUCCAAGAAGCCAGCGUGUAA